AGGAGGGGUAGAGAAAUAGUCUCUCACAAAUAAUGGAGGUGAAGUGGAGAAAGAAAGAAAGAGACCAAACUCCAAGACAAAGCUUCUUUUUACCUUCCUGUCUUCUCUUUUGUCUGAAUCCGAGUUCUGGAUCAGGGAAGAGAGAAACAAGAAACUGAUAAUCCUUGUCUUUUUUUUCUAUCAUCUUACUUCAAAAUGGCAGAAGAAGAUCUCUCGGAGAUGGCCAAGGAUGUUGAGCUACAUCUCAAGCUCGAUCCACCUUUAUCUGCAAACAACAAGCCGUCCCGGAGCUUCAAAACCUCCUCCUCUUCUUCUCCACCGCCGUGUGACACAUCCCACGUCCUCGAGAACGUUCUCGAAAACGUGCUCAAGUUCCUCGAAUCAAGACGCGAUCGCAACGCCGUCUCUCUGGUCUGCAGAUCGUGGUACCGCGUCGAGGCUCAGACCCGAUCCGAGGUCUUCAUCGGCAACUGCUACUCCCUCUCUCCCGCGCGUCUCGCUCGCCGGUUCACGCGCGUCAGGUCGCUGUUCCUCAAAGGGAAGCCCCGGUUCGCCGAUUUCAACCUCAUGCCUCCUGACUGGGGAGCUCGGUUCGCGCCUUGGGUUGCCGUGACGGCGAAGGCUUACCCUUGGCUCGAGAAGGUUACUUUGAAACGGAUGUUUGUGACGGACGAUGACUUGGCGCUUCUCGCUGCGUCGUUCCCUGGGUUCAAGGAGCUUGUCUUGCUCUGCUGUGAAGGGUUUGGGACUAGUGGUGUCGCUGUCGUGGCCAACAAGUGCAGACAGCUAAAAGUACUUGAUCUGAUCGAGUCUGAAGUGACCGACGACGAGGUGGACUGGAUCUCUUGUUUCCCCGAGGGCGAAACCCACCUAGAGUCUUUAUCUUUCGACUGCGUAGAGUCCCCUAUCAAUUUCAAGGCCUUGGAAAGGCUCGUGGUUAGGUCACCCUUCUUGAAAAAGCUUAGAACCAACAGGUUUGUUUCCCUCGAAGAGCUGCAUCGGCUAAUGGUUCGAGCGCCUCAGUUAACGAGUCUCGGGACGGGCUCGUUCAGUAGUAGUACAGAGAAUGCGGGUCAGGGUGAACAAGAACCGGAUUAUGCAUCUGCGUUUCGUGCUUGUAGAUCACUGGUUUGUCUCUCGGGGUUCAGGGAGUUGGCUGCGGAGUACCUUCCAGCUAUCUCUCCAGUUUGUGCUAAUCUCACCUCUAUUAACUUCAGUUAUGCUAAUAUAUCUCCUGACGUGUUCAGGCCCAUCAUACGCAACUGUCACAAUGUCAGAGUCUUCUGGGCUCUUGACUCUAUAUGCGAUGAAGGAUUACAGGCAGUGGCCGCAACAUGCAAGGAGCUACGUGAGCUUAGGAUUUUCCCUUUUGAUCCUAGUGAAGACAGCGAAGGUCCUGUCUCGGGUUUAGGCCUCCAAGCAAUUUCAGAAGGUUGUAGAAAACUAGAGUCUAUCCUGUACUUUUGCCAGCGGAUGACUAAUGUAGCUGUGACAGCCAUGUCUGAGAACUGUCCCCAGCUUACCGUGUUUAGGCUUUGCAUAAUGGGUCGCCAUAGGCCCGACCACGUUACAGGGAAGCCAAUGGACGAUGGAUUUGGCGCCAUUGUCAAAAACUGCAAGAAGCUAACCAGGCUUGCAGUAUCUGGGUUACUAACAGACAAAGCUUUUAGCCUUAUAGGAGAGUAUGGGAAGUUGAUCCGUACGUUAUCUGUAGCUUUUGCAGGGGACAGUGACAUGGGUCUGAGAUAUAUACUCGAGGGGUGUCCUAAGCUAGAGAAGCUUGAAAUCAGGGACAGUCCUUUUGGGGAUGCUGGACUGCGCUCUGGUAUGCAUAGGUAUAAUGAUAUGAGGUUUGUUUGGAUGUCGUCAUGUAGGUUGUCCAGGGGAAGCUGCAGUGAUAUUGCUCGCGCUCUGCCUAGUGUGGUGGUGGAAGUAUUUGGGUCAGAUGAUGAUGAUGUCGAUGUCGAUGAGGACAAUGCAGAUUAUGUGGAGAUACUGUACAUGUAUCGGUCCCUUGAUGGCCCAAGAAAGGAUGCUCCAAAGUUUGUAACAAUUUUAUGAAGACAAACUUAGAGAAUGUUGUGUUUGUACCAAGAAAGAGUGACGAGUCAAGGAAGAAAAUGUUGUUGUGAUAAUUAAAGAAUGAAACGUUUAUUAUUUGUCUUGUGUAGUAAAAGGCAAAAGAGUGUGUAAUGAAGAAUUUGAUUUUACAGCCAUUUCACAAUUAUUUGUCUUAUACAUUACCACUAUAAGGUGGUUGUUCUA